AUGUCAACAGAAGUCCAUCCCGCGAUAUCACCUCAAAUAUCAUUUUCAGGACCCAGUCCCCCACAGCAACGGAACUACCCAUUCCACAAACCACCCCCAGCAUCAUAUGACGGACAAUCCCCGCAACGCAGACGCACGCGGUCAGCUUCUUUCAGUGGCUUGGUUUCUCGCAUAUUACCUUCGCGCAAACAGGAGAAGGGGGGCACAUUACGGGAGCAGUUUAGAGAUGGAGGGCCGCUUGAUGCUGUGGAUGUUGUUUUCGGGCUUGCGGGUGAGCCAGGUAUGGAUAUUGAGGGAGGUCGGCUGGGGAUGGCUAGAGGUCGAUCUCCGAGGGGUGAUGACAGGAUGAAGAGGAGAGCUUAUGCAGCAGUUGGACCUGGCGUGUCUGCACUAACUAGUGGAGAUUCUGCUCAGGGGAAGAAGAGACGGUGUUCGUUGAGUUGGUUUUUUCGGCCCCUGAUCACUCCAGAGAAGAGUGGUGGGCUUGGUCAGGAAGGACAGAAGAGUGUGAGUUUCCAGCAGCCGUCGAAGCAGAUACCCUUUUCUCCCAGGGUUCAUGAGACGGGAACGCAACCGGAGAAAGGAAAACAUACAGUAGUAGAGGAUAACGCGAGGGCUAAGGUACAUGAGAUACACAGCGGCAAGAAAUCACGCAAAGAACAGAGACGCAGUCUACGAGAAAGCGGCGACUUCCUCGGGGUCCAAGGAGCGAAUCCAAGGACUGGGUAUUGGGAUAUCAGUGAUACAACAAGCAGCAGUGACACCGCGAAGAUGCUGCGCUAUUUGAAGAAAAGAGGAAAGGCAAGGCAGAUCAAGCUUGCAGCUAAGAUGAAGGAUAGAAGAAGCAAGAGGUGGAGACCCAGUGAAACAGCCUGGAGUAGUGUUGUUGAACCGGAACUGAGUCCGAUUGAACAAUCUUCAGCUGGAAGUCCUGUUAAAAGGAAUUCCUCGGCUGACCGAUUGCUCCCAAUGCAAACUGCCGCGAAUCCGAAAUCUCAUGAGCAGAGUUCUCCUGUCGAGGUCCAAGAUGGUCCUGCGCAACGGACUACAUCCCCACCUUCGGGACGAGGCGCCCUACAUCCGGCCCAUCAAUCAGUCGAAUCGACGCCCCAUUUGCAUCCCAAUAUUACUAUUCGGCGAAAGCCAAUUGGGUCGCCUCCAAGGCGCCCUCUAAGUGGUAAUUCAGAAGACACAGUGAUUUGUGCUCCUGACGCCAGCGGCAUCAUGGAUACAGCGGAAAACCGGCCUAGGCAGCAUCAGAAUGAGGCUCCAGCGGAGGUUGGAGAUUCCAACCGACGGCACGCGACAUCUCAGGAGGGAAAACAUUUUUUAGGCAAGUGCGAGCCCCUAGGUGUAUCAGACAACCCGGGCGAAAGAAAAGCUAUAGCGAUCUCAUUCCGGUCAGUCAUAAUGAAACAAGUCCAGAUCGACCGGCCACCGGUCAUAAGACGACAAAUCUCAUUCCAGGGGAAACUUGUCGGCUCCCCCAGCGAACUACCACCAGUCUCCCCGGAAGCUCCCCUCGACGUCCGGAUCCCGCUGAACUUCCAGGCACAGAAGGGUUGUCCCCAGGUAUGGGCUCCGCCUACCAUACUCAACGUGGAGCCGGACGAGCAAACAUCAUCCACCAGCAUACCCACCACCACCACUACUGGAUGUCUCCCCCCAGCACAUCACCUCAGCAUCCAAGUCGACGGUCCGGAGUCAGACAGUCGGGAUAUGAAGAAGGCUCCGCCCCCUCAGAGACGUCGGUCGUGCGUGCGGCAUUCGUCACUCCGGCGCAGACCCUACCGGAUCCCAUUACGAGGGAGCUCCCUUGUGAGCAGCAAACGGAACGAAAUGCAGAACCAAGGGUGCCCUGUUCCAGCAGUCGACAUCGAUAUAUCAUCGGAACCCCACCUAGAUCAAGUAGUAAGACGGCGAACCGCAAGAUUCUGCGGGAUGGUUUCUCCAGGACGCGGGAAAGUGGGAAAGAGGAGCACACGCAUAUCCAUAUCUACGUCCCCUCCCCCUCGCCGCCGGGUGAAGCUGAAGAGCUCAGCACGCAGUCCCAUGUUCCUAGCCUUCAAACGCCUGAAAUACCCCGCAGAGAUGACAGAAGUUGCGAGGAAAAUGGGAAUGCACAGGCAAGUCAAGGCAGUCACGGUAGCCACGGAAGACGGAGACGACACCGUAGAUCCUUUGGUGUCGAUGAGGACGACGAGAGAGGCAGAAGGAGAAGUAGAAGCAGAAGCAGAAGCAGAAGUCGAAGUUGGAAAUAAUACCUUUAGAACAGACGACAGCUUGGUGGUGUGGCACGCCGAGCCGGGACGGAGUGUAGGGGACGGGUACGCGAGCGCGGGGAAGAGCAAGGACGCCGUCAUUCUGCAUCCGGCACCCGCCACACACGGUCAAGGCAAUGGUAAUGAUACUGGCAAUGGCAAUAAUGGCAAUAAUAACAAGAAUGGCGUAUUACUAUUCCCCGCCAACAACACUCGUCCGAGACCGGCUCGGCAGCCAGCAUCUGCAGCGUCUCCGGUGUCUGCAGCGUCUGCGGUCUCUGGACCGAUCGGGCAGGUCGCUGCGUGCUGGAGUUGGAUUGUGGGGCCAUUGCUAGAUCCUGACCGUCGACUGGGUCCGAGGCCGGAGACAGAGGCGGAGACGACGGCUUUGCUGGCAUUGCUAUUGUUGAAGCUCCAGGAGAUCGGGUUAUUUGUUGCCGCCGCGCUACUCGCGGCUGCCAUACACGUAUCCGUGGCCAUAGCUAUAUCUAUUAUCAGGGUGCUGCGGCUUUUGACUAGAGGCUGA